CACACAUUGUGCUAAACAAUGCUGUGAUUAUGCUGAAAUAUUGUGUUUAACAAUGCUGUGAUUAUGCUGAAAUAUUGUGUUUAACAAUGCUGUGAUUGUGCUGGAAUAUUGUGUUUAACAAUGCUGUGAUUAUGCUGAAAUAUUGUGUUUAACAAUGCUGUGAUUAUGCUGAAAUAUUGUGUUUAACAAUGCUGUGAUUGUGCUGGAAUAUUGUGUUUAACAAUGCUGUGAUUAUGCUGAAAUAUUGUGUUUAACAAUGCUGUGAUUAUGCUGAAAUAUUGUGUUUAACAAUGCUGUGAUUGUGCUGGAAUAUUGUGUUUAACAAUGCUGUGAUUAUGCUGAAAUAUUGUGUUUAACAAUGCUGUGAUUAUGCUGAAAUAUUGUGUUUAACAAUGCUGUGAUUGUGCUGGAAUAUUGUGUUUAACAAUGCUGUGAUUAUGCUGAAAUAUUGUGUUUAACAAUGCUGUGAUUGUGCCGGAAUAUUGUGUUUAACAAUGCUGUGAUUGUGCUGGAAUAUUAUGUAAAUAUAAUUUAGAAAGUGAUAACCUCAUAGCAGCUGAAAAUACAGAUGUAGAUUUUGCCUUAAUGAACCUACGCAAUCUAAAAGGCAUAUGUAAAUUGACUUCGUAAGACAAACUACAAUAAUUACGACUGCAUCUCAGCCAGGAACUUACUAAGGAAGGACUUGCGCCCAUUGUCAUCGUGAAAACUAGAACAAUUCAGGUGUAGCUAUAUGACGAGAGUCGGCUGAUGAACACAAGGAACCAAUGGCCGCCAAACCACCAUUAUUAAAGAUGCCGGAUAAAAUCACUGAGGAUGAAAAGAACAGUUUCCGUCUUAUCAAGAUGGCAUUCUGCACGGCUCGUUAUGUCCUCUACACCAUCUUCCUCUGGGGAACUUUGCAGUCACAGAACCAGACACUUGAGGAUUAUCUUCUCAAUACUAAAGUCUAUACCAUGACCAAAUACAAGAACUGUUUUAAUAACAUGCAGAGGCAGAAAAUGACUUCUAGGGAUCUCGAAAGCAAAUUUGACAUCAGUCACUUGUAUAAAGCCAUUAUUCAUGCUUGUGAUAAAGUAAACUUUGUCAAAGUAGAGCAAAAGGAUCCUAAUAGCCUUGAAUGGUUGAUUAAUGCCAUUAAGGAUUUCAGAAAUGAAGUAAGUCACUCUAUGUUAGGCAUAACAAAAGAAACUAUGAUGGAAAAGAUAGACGUGCUCAGAAACCUGCUGGAGAAAGCCUUGGACACAGCAGGACUCUUGUAUAACAGAGACCCGGCCGAUAUAAGGGCGGAGAUUGAUACCAUGAACAAAGACAUUAAGUAUAUACGGGAUCAGCCUUUGGCACAGACAGACAUAAGUGAAUACGAAAUUGAUUUGCUCAAUGAGAAACAUAGAGCUAAACUUGGGAAAGAAGGAUUAAUAGAAUUAAAGGAAAAGUACAAAAACUGGUCACAGAUAAACCCUGUGUCAUUCCUUGAAGGUGAGAGGAUGCACUUGAGGGUUAGUACAGUGUUCACCCAGAUUGAAGUUGAGGCUGCUGGCCGCAAAUUCAAAGGCUCCAUUGUACCUUACGAGAAUGUACUUUCUUUGUGUAUGGAUAAUGCUUAUUCAAAAACCAACAACAAUAUAAACGCCCCUGUAAUAUUUCUUAUUGAGGGACCAGCAGGGUCAGGAAAAACAACAUUGACAAAAUUGAUGAUGUCAGAAUGGUGUACUGGUGGGGGGUCCAUGCAGGGUCUUAAUGAAUACGAAUUAUUGCUCUACAUGGAGUGCCGCAACUUAUCCAUCUCCAACUUUCCUCAGCUCCUCAGUCAGUUGAUGCCCCGCACCAACGCUCGGUACUUCAAGGAGGGUGAUUUGUUGAAGUACACAUUAGACCUGAAGACAUUGCUGAUUGUUGAUGGGCUUGAUGAGAUGAAUUCUAAAUCAGAAGAGCUCUUCAUGGACAUAAUCAACCAGAGAGUUGAUAACCUUGUUGUGCUUUGUACUUCUCGUCCAGAAAAAGUGCCCUACUUUCAAACACAUAUCCCUCAUGAGUAUCGCAUUGCUCACCUCAAGAUUACUGGUGUUGCUGACAAUAAACGGGAAGAGUUCAUUAGGAAAUACCAUGAUGAAAUGUUGAGGCAAGGGCUAAGUACAGGAGACACCGAGGAAAUUGUAGAGUAUGUGAAAAAGUCAGAAAUCCACCUUCAGAAGCACUACAGGCUCCCCCUCAACCUGGUAGUUUUAGUAUGGCUCUGGGCUGAUGAUAAGGCACGAAUAAAUGCGGUUACAACUUCCAGUGAGCUGUACUUUGAAACACACAAACUAAUGAAGAGGAAGCUCACAGAGAGGCUCGCCCACAAUGAGGCCACAAAAGGGGUGGAUCGUGAUGAUUUACAUAAAAAAGUGGAGUGUUUCUUGAGCAGCAUGUACCGUGAAGCACUUGUGGCACUCCGAUGGGACACCUUAGAAAAAUUUUUGCCCAAGUCUUUACAUCAAAUGAAGCUUGCUUGCUCUACAAAUAAUCUACCUUCCAAAGAGACAAUGUCUGCCUUUUUGGUUGUAAAAAUGGUAGAAGGAGAGGAACAAGUGAGCAUUCCUCACAAGCUACUUCAUGAGUUUUAUGCUUCACUUUGGAUUGUGCAGAGUCUGUUUGAUGAAAGUUGCAAAAGAGAGAAUGAUACUUUGUUUCAAAACUAUGCCAUGUUCCUCCAAACACAAUCAAUUGGAUCUACAUUACAACAGGAUUUACUUAAUGACGUUAUGACAAAAUUAACUCAGAGAGUUGAAAUUCAGAAACCAGAUGCCAUCCGGUCUAUAUUAGCAGACCUGCAUAGCGAUGAUCCUGCCACCCUAAGGAUGUCCAAGUACCAAUCCUUGCUGCUGCAGGUUGCUGGGGUGCUGUAUACUCAACACAGUUCCAAGAUUAAGGAUUGUACUGCCCAGGACAUAGUAGAACUCUUAAAAGAAUCAGGACUGGGACACAAUGAUGAUAAUGAGUGGUUUGAGCUAUUGGAUCUUGUAAACAAUGACAGUGCAGUAAUUAAAUAUGUAUCUAGACAUAUAUGUAAUAGUAUAACAAUUAAAGAGGGUCAUAUAAGAGCUGCCCUUAAGCUGUUGAAAGAUGCCAGGCCCAAGAAGGUUAGAGUCAGUAUCAACAGUAAUCACCGAAAUAUUGCAGAAUUUCCGAAUCUCCUUGAGAGCAUAACAAGAAUCAAAUGUAAAGUAGAGCUUUACUUCCAUCAUGACUUUCAGCAUCCUGGACUAGUGACUACAGAUGACAACGAACUCCAGGCUGUAGUUGAAAGGUGUGAAGUGUUAGAGUUUUUAGGUAACCUGAGUGGUGAAGCGGUGUCACUACUUCCCAACAAUAUUACAUUCCUCAACCUGGUAGUUUCAAGUGACAACCAUGCUGCCAGCCUCUUCUCACACCUGCAAGUGGUGAUCCCAAAACUGCCACUGGUGGGUCUGUGUUUGCACAUCACUUGCGGAGUGUCUGCAAGUGAUGUUACCCAGGUGCCUGCUUCCAACAUUCUGCUCUGGCUGUUGCUGACUGAUGUUGAGGAUGAUAACAUGACCAGAGCAUGUGAUAUAGUAUGCAACUUACUUAAUUCUGAUAGUAUGUUCAUGGACAUAAGAUUCCCAAGAGCUAAUGUCUCAGUAGCAGGAUGGGAACAACUUCUGGAGAGACUACAGCAAAGUGGAGUGCAUGUGGGUCAUAUCUCAAUACCGGAGGAUGCAGAGGUGAAUGAUGAAGAGUACCGACAGCUCAGGAUGACCGCUCAUGCACAACUUAGAUCUGAAUUUCGAAGGUACAGAAAUGACAUGAUGUGGGAGCCAAUGACACUUACUAUGUAGCUGAAGGUGACCACAAAAUGAACAACUAAGAUGUUGAUAUCACAUACAGUAGUGUUUCUGCCCGAGUUAAAUGUUCAAGGAACAUACAUUGCUCGUGAGCGUAUUUGUUAUUUCUAUACUUUAUUUUAUCCUCUUUGCCACUGAUCUCUUAGCCACUUGGGCAGUUGGUCACAUCUCUGUUACACUGUUGACAAGUACAGGGCAUGUACUGGCUCCAGAAUGUACAAGUACCUUUACUUGCACCAGUGUUGGUCAAAUCUGGUCUUGAAUCUACUUACACUCAGUGCCUUUACAAUGCUCUCUGGCAGAUUUUUCUGAUAGUUCACAACUCCCAUAUUCCACUCAGGUCAUGUGAGAGCAUUACUCCUUGUGAAGGACUAGGAUAUUGAUCACUAUUAGGAGAAAUAUCAUUUAUAUCCUCUCUUGUGAUGUCUGUUCAGAUAUAGUAUAAAGGACUUACUGUAUAUUAUCCUAUUCAUCCAGAUUUCAAUGUUUAUGAAUCAAUGAAUGUGGAGAAACCUCUUUUGUAUACAGUACAUAAGCAAAUACUGUACUAUCUAGCUAUAAAUGACAGCAUCUGAUUCACUAAUGACAGGUAUUCAUUGUUUGGUGUUAAUUUGGUUUAGCUAUAAAAAAAUUUGGACACCCUCUCUCUCUUAACGUUAUAUUAAAAUUCAGUUUAGUGACAGCUUGACUCACGAGGAAGGGGAAAACACUGGAGAUGAGAUGGCCUGUUUACAUGUAAUGAAAUUAUAAAAAUUGUAAAAUAAUCAUUACAAUAACGUGACUUAAAAAUAAAGAAAAUAUAUAAAAUUAUAAAAUAAGAAAAAUGAAGAGCAUGGGUGCGAAUGUAUGCGUAGAAGAUAGUGGGUUGUAACUGUGUCGCUGACUCACCAGCUGACCUGAGCUACCUCUCCCUAUGUGACAUUACAGCACACACAUGCAUGUCUAUAAGUCAACUGGGCGACUGCCCAGCUGAACUGUGUUGCAUGACCCAGGUUAUUACAACAGUUCACAACUGUUACCAAGACAACAUUAUCUGGCAGGUUAUUAUGACAAUUAUGAACUCUUACUGUGACAUUAACUUGCAGGUUAUUACGAUAGCUCACAACUCUUACUCCCAUAGCUUUCUCUUGCAAGUUAUUAGAACAGUUCAUAACUAUGUUAAUAUUGUCUGGCAGGUUAUUACAAUAGCUCAACUCUUAAUCUAAAGAAGUUAGGUUUGACAAUUAUCUGUACAGUACGUGUGGCUUUUAGAUCGAGGCUGUGACCAGAAUAAGACUAUUAAAUAUGUUUUUAAGGUUUUCUCUCUUAGAGGAGUGUCAGAGAAUUACUGUUAUGAGCUUUGUAGCUGCAAGGUCAUUUGUGAACUUGUUUAAAGUAUUUUCAUUGUAGCGGCUGGCUCAGGUAGUCACUUUACUAAGACCUAUCCCCAAGGGUUGAGUCACUCCCCCAGUCCCAUUCUACAAGUCUUGUUAUUUUGUCUUAUGUUUACCUCCAAAUUGAUAAUGUUCGAUGUAUAUUAUUUAUAUGUCAAAUCACUUUAUUAAAUAUUUUAGAUAAUGUUGCAUUUCUUUGCUCAGCAUCUCUUCUGUUAUAUUGUAAUUAACUAUGCAAUUUCUAGUGUAGUCAUGAUGUAUCAGUCUUCAGUGUGAGGACCAUACAAAUCCACCUUUCCUUAUUACUGUAUUGUAUAGCAUGUCAGCAAGUCUAUGCUUAUGUUUAUCCAGCCACUUUAUUCUUUUGGUGAUUGUCACGACCUCAUAGCUGCUAUCUCAUUAAAUUUUAAAAUUUU